GUUCUCGGAACAGGGCGGAGACUUGGAUUCAAUCGUUUAUUUGAACCACACCGUGGACACUCCCAAGUAUCAGGCCAACAACGGCGUUGCCAGUGGUGUUCUGUCCCCAGACGGGUCACUGGCUCAGUG